GCUCUGACGAGUUGCAGGGAGCCGGCUGCUCCCGGCCCGCCGUCGCUCCGGCUCUGGCUGCGGCUGCGGCUGCCGCGGCUGCUGUGCCCCAAGCCCGCCCGGCGCCGAGAGCCGGGGCCCCGCGAUGGAACCGCUGGCGCCCAUGCGGCUGUACACGCUCUCCAAGCGCCACUUCGUCCUCGUGUUCGUCGUCUUCUUCGUCUGUUUCGGCCUGACCGUCUUCGUGGGGAUCAGAGGACCCAAAGUGAUCCAGACUUCUGUAGCUAAUUUUUCACUAAAUAACAGCAAAGAGCUAAAGCCAGUUCAAAUACUUUCAAACCCGCUGUCUACAUAUAAUCAGCAACUAUGGCUGACAUGUGUUGUCGAGUUGGAGCAUUCAAAAGAAACAGCUAUUCAGACAAACUUCACUAUGACUGUUAAGGUUGAUGGUGUAGCUCAGGACGGGACCACCAUGUUCAUUCAUAAUAAAGUUCACAAUCGGACGAGGACCCUCACAUGUGCAGGGAAAUGUGCAGAAAUUAUCGUGGCUCACCUCAGCUACUUGAAUUACACUCAAUAUACAGUGACUGUGGGAUUCAAACACCUGAAGGAACGCAUCAAGGAAAUGAACUUCACCUGGAAGACUUACGACCCUGCAUUUUCCCACUUGGAAAUUUGGUUCCGAUUCGUCUUUGUGGUGCUCACCUUCAUUGUCACUGGCCUGUUUGCUCACUCCCUCCGGAAGUUUUCCAUGCGAGACUGGGGCAUCGAGCAGAAGUGGAUGUCCAUUCUCCUGCCUCUGCUGCUGCUUUACAACGACCCGUUCUUCCCCCUCUCCUUCCUGGUGAACAGCUGGUUCCCGGGGAUGCUGGACGACCUCUUCCAGUCUGUGUUCCUGUGCGCCCUGCUGCUCUUCUGGCUGUGCGUGUACCAUGGGAUCCGGGUGCAGGGAGAAAGGAAGUGCUUGACUUUCUAUUUGCCCAAAUUCUUCAUUGUUGGACUAUUGUGGUUGGCCUGUGUUACCCUCGGAAUAUGGCAGACAGUUAAUGAAUUACAUGAUCCAAUGUACCAGUAUCGAGUUGACACAGGAAAUUUUCAGGGAAUGAAGGUUUUCUUCAUGGUGGUGGCCGCCAUGUACAUCUUAUACCUUUUGUUCUUGAUCGUGCGGGCCUGCUCUGAGCUGCGUCACAUGCCUUAUGUAGAUCUCAGGUUGAAAUUUUUGACAGCAUUGACUUUUGUAGUGCUCAUCAUUAGCAUCGUCAUCCUUUAUUUACGGUUCGGAGCACAAGUUCUACAGGACAGUUUUGUAGCUGAACUGUCAACUCACUACCAGAAUUCAGCUGAAUUCUUAUCUUUCUAUGGCCUGUUGAACUUCUACCUCUACACCUUGGCCUUUGUGUAUUCGCCCUCGAAGAACGCCCUGUACGAGUCCCAGCUGAAGGACAAUCCCGCCUUCUCCAUGCUCAACGACUCGGACGACGACGUGAUAUACGGGAGCGACUAUGAAGAGAUGCCCCUGCAGAACGGCCAGGCCAUCCGGGCCCAGUACAAGGAGGGGUCUGAGAGUGACUGAGCCCCCCCGCCCGUGCCUGCUUCCUGGCCCGCCCUGUACCUGCCUGAAUGCAGACCUCUCUUACAAGCAGAGAUUUCCUGAUCCUUAUUUGUUUACAUAGUUUUGAAAGGAAAACCAAAACUGAGGACAAAUUUAGACAUUGGGCCAAAUUUACUGUUAGACUGACUGCAUUUAUUUGGGAAGAGAAGCACUGACAAAAAGUUUAAACAGCCAGAUCAUUUUUCAAAGAUUUCGUAUGAGAGAGCUGUUUUCAGUGGUGAGAAAGAAAUGACUGCUGUUUUUAGUAGAGAGAAUUAUGUACUUUAAAAAAUUUUACUAAUUUCAAGUUCCUGGAAAGCCCUUAUGAAUAAGGUCCACAGCGUGGUGGUGUUCCUCUGCUGGCUUCGUUUCUUCCCUGCCCCGUGGUACCAGCUUUUGACCCUUUAAACUCAAAGGGAAGCCUAUUUCUGUGGCUGCCCCACGAGGGCAGCCCUUCCCCACUGAGUGGCCUGUGCUCUGGAUGAUCACGCAUCUCAAGCGAUGGGUAACUUGUGUCGGUUGCUGUGUGAACUGUGUCCAUAUGUAAUGGGUCUCUGGGGAAAGGGAGGAGGCUGGGCAGGUCCUAACCCUUCACUGCCGCCAGAGCAGAACCGGUGUCUUGGAGUUCUGAGGAGCGUUUGAUACGGCUCGCAAGGAAAGGGUAAGAUGAUUGACAGGUUGUCCGCUCCCACGGGAAGGGUCUUGUUGCCAGAGUUUUCUAAGGGCCUGUGUGCACACGUGAGUAACGCGUGUGAGCGUUACGUCGUGAGUAUGAAUGAUGUCCCUGUGCAGAGAGACAUGAUUCAUAUUCAUGGAGAGGCGGGUAUCCAGUACAAUCCCAGUAAAGCAGGAGUUUCCGCAGCUCUGUUAAACAUGAUACCUUGUAGAGCUCUAUUUGUUUUGUUUUGUUUUUUUAAUAAAAGUUAAACAGUGAUUGGUAUACUCUACUACAGAUUUGUUAUUGCCAAAAAGUUCUUCAGCUUCACAUCUGGAAACUAGAUGAAAGAAGGUAAACCAUUUUAGAUGGCUUACGGAGGAACAUCUCUGGGGAGAAGGUAACCUGUUGGGAAUCAUGCCCUGUGUGUCUCGCAUGGUCGUCAGGUAAACAGAUGCAUUGCUCUGUGUAAGAGCCCUCUGGAGCUGCUGAAUCUGUGGCACUGUAGAAGGCCCUGGAGAUUUCCAGUUCCUUUUUGUCAAAGACGAAUUAUAGGAGGUAGCGAUAUCUCCUUUGCUUUUCAUUUGGCAUGCAUACUAAUCUCUCUCUUGAAUGGUUUACCUGUGAUCAUUGCAGACAUCCUGAUUGAUGCCAUCUCGGCAGACACAGAGGUAUGGGACGUGAUUGUUCUGCUCUGCAAACAGCCCCUGCACUUUCUUCAUGUAUACAUUAACUCACCAAUUACCAUUCAGAGCUAAAAGUUAUAUUCCACUUUAGGUAGUGCUGGGACCUUAGAGAGGUUCAUGAGAGACUAUUCAUUUUGGCUUCAUAGCUUUCUUUUUAAUUUAAACUUUAAUGAUAAUGCACCUUUAAUAUGGAUUCCAUUUAUAGUUGUUUUUAAAACCUUGUAAAUAAAGUCUGAAUUAAAACAGUCGUAUUAUUGCAAGGGUAAUUCAAGUUUACAUGGUUUUUACAUUUGCUGCAAUGAUGUGAUUACUUCUUUUGAUUCUGUGUAUUCAGAGGUAUUGAAGAAAUUUUCUGUUACCAAAUUUUACAACUUCUAUUAAGACUAAGUAAUUUUAUGUAAAUUGAUGAAAACUUACUUGUGCUGAUUAAUGUAUCCUAGUAUGAUAUAGUUUAUAAGUGUUAAUCAUUAUAAAAUGUCCAUAAUUUGGAAUGCUGUUAUUUAUCAGUAAAUGUAUAGUGUUUGAGGCAUUUAGCUGUACACAUUAGGUACAUUUUAAAACUUAUCCUCAUCCUAUAGUAUAAUUGUUAACUGAUGACUGAUAUCUUCAUCCUUUCUUAUUGGCAUCAAAUCAGUGAAAUGAAAAAUGUGGGAGUAUUUAUUUACUUUUUGUAACUAAGUUGGAAACGAGGAAAAGUUACAAAAGAAAGUACUUAAGCGGGAAAUGGUUCUUUAUUAAGUCAUGCAUUUUCAGUUUCUCUUCUCUGGUAUCAUAUACGUCAACAUAUUACAUCUUACAUGUAAAAAUUUGCUUAAAAUGUAUAGCACUUAGCGUGUAUUAUAUGUGCCAUAGGUAUUAGGUUAAAACACUAAAGUCUGCCAGAAACUUUAGACAGUAGCAAGAAAAUUACUAUGAUUAUUUUUUUGGUCUUGAAGGGUAUCAAAGUUUUGCAAACUUAAAUUAUAAAGGGCUGACUUUAGUUCUUCCAUGGUAACGGCUUGAAUAACAUCAUCUUUGGGAUAAUUUUUUAUACUGGUCCAGUCUAGGGGAACCUGGAAGAUGACCAUAGGCAUUUCACAGUUUCCCUAGGGAGAGCUUCAUUAUCCAUGUGGAUAAAGGUCUGCUUGAUUUAUUAUUAAAUCAUUAAAGCAGUGCAGUGAUGCAGUUUUCUCUCUUAAGCCCCAUUUGAAAGGCUAAAGAAGAGGAUAUAUAAAAUAUAUUCAAGGUUUGUAAGAUCGUUCCUGUACAUAAUUACAGAUUGCAAUAAAAGUUUAGAUACAUUAUGUAAACCCAACCCAUUUAUUAAAUGGUCAGGUUACAAGACAGACAUCACCAGCCUCAAGAAUUCCAUGAGCUAUUUACUGAAGGUACAGUUACAUUCAGUAGAUUAUAAUGUGGUCAGUAACUUAUUUCCUGGAAUCCAUUUCACAGGGAAAAACACAGAGGCUGAUAGAAGGGAUGAUUAAAAGGGACAUCUAGUGAAGACUAGACUUAGAACACUUAAGUACAUUUAUGUAUUUUGAGGGUUUUAAAAACCAGUUGCCUUAGAGGUUAGACUUUUGAAAAACAAAGGUACAGAUCUUUUCUGCAGGCCAAAGGGAAGUUGCUUUAGUCUGUGACAUCUUGUUACCCUGUUUAUCUUGAUUUGACAUGUUUUAGGUAUACUGGGAACUGUAAUACCAGACUGUGAAACACAGGAUUUUCUGCUACUGAAAACUGCCUUUUUACAAAGAGACUGUAAAUAUUUGUAAAACAAAACAACUCUAAACCUUGAGCUCAAAAGGAAAGAUAAAGCUAUGUAUUAGACCUUGGAACUGUGUCAGUAAGCACAGUAGUACUUGAUCACAGAAUGAUCAUUUUAGUCAAAGUGAAUAAAUGUUUAUUUAUGGCAAAUUUACACUUCAGGAAUGGCUUCAUUAAGAGACUACCGUUCUAUACUCCGGUUUCUCUUCAGAUCGUAUAAAUCUUUCACCUUUUACUAAGAGACUACCUUUCUGGUAGAUGUUAAUAAAUUUUUAAUAUUUGAUCCUUA